AAAUUCCGCUGUUUGACUUGCAGUGGAGAUCAGACAUUCUGUUGUUCUUGCAUUGUCAAUGCUCACCAGUUUUUGCCCUUCCACAAGGUUCAAGAGUGGACUGGGAAAUGCUUCAAUGACACAUCACUCAAAGAAUUGGGUUUUAUCUGGCAUAUGGGCCAUGGGGGACAACCAUGUCCAUUUUCUGACAACAUGCAUGCAUGGGAGAAUAUUCCAAUGGACACAGAGGCUGAUUUUUCACUAAUGGAGACAGUUCAUGGUCCAACUAUACCAACC